ACAAGAAGAGCAACUCAGCAAAGAAAAACUGUUGAACUCAGAAAUUCACUGCAACUGAAGAAGAAGAAGAAGACUGCAGCUGGCUUACUGGUAUACCUUCUGAUACAACAGCCACACUGCAACUAUAGUCUACAGAGUCAAGAUCAUCAUGAAUACUGCAAUGACUGUUAUUGUUCUUCUGGUCUGCUCAGACGUCAUCUGCAUGACACAAGGGAGAGGUAUACUAAAUCCUCGGUGCCGCUGUCCUAAAGUACAUGCAGGGGGGGUGAAUAUCAGUUUAAUCAGGACACUGACCCAUUACCCUCCUCGCUCACACUGCUCUAAGGAAGAAGUCAUUGUCACACUGAAAACCAGAGGUCCGCUCUGUCUCGACCCAAAUGGGAAGUUUGCCAAAACACUGAUUGAAAGACAAAUCAAAGAAAAUCAACAGCGACAGAAACAACGUUCCAUUGAGACUCUCUCCCCACAUACCAACACUAGCACUUGAUCACUCUUUGUCUGGCACUGGAAGCUGUGCCACACUGCAACCUCUCUGCUGGCUUGCCUCUGAAGCGGGGUUGGCCAGGUUGGGCCUUGGAUGGUAGACAACAACCAGAACAAAUGGUGUUGGAGCGCCAGUAGGGGGCACUGUUUCCUCUGGUCCAAAGAGACUUCAAUCAAUGAGUCAGGACAGUGAUGGGGACACUGCCCUACAAAGGGUGGUGUCCUUUUAAUAUGUUUAUUAUUAUUUAUUUGUAUAUAUUUCUAUGUUUUAUGUAUAUAGUAUAGACAUUAAGGAAGAACAUAAUAGUAUUGUUGAUAUAAAACCUGUCUUUGAUAUAUUUAUUGUGAUGUAUUUAAUUUUUUCAAAUAAAACAAACAAUAAUAAGACAGAUGACUUGAUUUCUGAACAAUUUGCUCAACAAUUAGUUGUUUGUGUACUUAAUCAAAUAA